CGUUGUCUGAAAAGUAUAACUUCUGAAGUUUUGUCUGAAUGCCAAGCAGCCUGGCACUUUGAACUCCCACAAGGGGUGUUUCCCUCCGACUGGGGGUGGGUGAGUGGAUUCAAAGAAGGAAGAUUUCUUUUUUUGGAUGUGAUGCCAAGUUCUCACACUCCUUUGGACCAUGGCAGAAAGAAAGCAGCAAAGAAAAGGCUCUGGAAGCACAGAUUGCACCUCAUCUCAUGCCAGCUUGUGGAGCAUGGGUACAACUGCCAGUGCCGCACCACAGCCCGUUUCUGUUGCGUCGCCGCUUGAGAGUGUCCAUGGCAACGGGAUGGCUGACAGCAAGCAGUCUCUUUGCAUGAGCCCCUUCCAGACAGUCAACAUCCACAACAACAAGGCCAAGUCCAUCAUCACCAACAAAGUUGCACCUGUCGUCAUCACAUAUAAUUGCAGACAGGAAUUUCAGAUUCACGACGACAUCCUCAAGACCAACUACAAAGUCGGUCGGAUAUCAGACACUCUGCCCGAGCACUACCUCGUGCAGGGGGAGUACUUCAUGGUCCAGGAUGUCUACAGCAAAGCUGAUGUCCUAAACACCACGGGCAGUUAUGGGGCGCCCAACUUCCGCCAAGUGAAAGGAUCCUACCCCCUGUAUGGCAUGGGUCAGCCCAGCUUGAAUGGGUUCAAGCAGGUUCUCCAGAGACUCCAGGCGCAAGGACAAGAGGAGGUUAUAUUCGUGUGUGUAAGAGAGGAGCCCGUUGUUUUCCUGCACAAAGACAAUGACUUUGUGCCAUAUACCCCGAGGAGGAAGGAAAACCUACAUGAGAACCUUCAUGACCUGGAAAAAGAGGAUAGGGUGGAAAGCCUGGAGCUGACCAUCAGAAAGGAGCUCCAUGACUUCGCCAAGCUGAACGAAAACGUCUUCUACGUCUACAACGACAUCGAGUUCUUUAAAGACGAGCCACAGAAGAUAUCUAUCACGUGCGAGGAGGACAUCCAUGUGACCGAAGAGGUCUACAAGAGGCCGAUGUUCACUAUGCCGGCCUACAGGUACUACAGACUGCCACUGCCCACAGAGGGAGCACCAUUGGAAGAAGACUUUGACGCAUUUGUUAACAUACUCAGGGAGAGCCCAAGCUUGUCUCUGGGCCAUGGUGCAUCCCAGAAGCUGCCUGCUCUGCUGUUCAGUUGCCAGGUGGGCGUCGGACGCACCAACCUAGCCAUGAUCCUGGGCACGCUUGUCAUGAAUCGCCUCAGGGGUGAUUCACAGCCUCCACCCCAAGUUGAGGAGCCAGCUGCUUCAGAACCCAGACCACUGUUCCAGGUGAUCCAGUCUCUGAUCAACAAGCUGCCUAAUGGACAGCAGGUCAUGGAAGAGGUCGACCAGGCGAUUGCCCUGUGUUCAGAAAUGCACAACAUAAAAGAAGCAAUAUAUGAGAACAAGAGUAAGCUGGAAGGGAUUGGUGAAGAUUAUCAAAUUCAGGGAAGCAGUACCAAAGACUACUUUCUCAACAGAACAAUGCAGAGCUUGGAGCGAUACUUCUACUUGAUUGUAUUCAAUGCAUACCUUCAUGAGCAGUAUCCUCUUGCCUUUGUGUCCAACUUCAGCCAGUGGAUGUGCUGCCAUGCUUGGCUGUACAGGUUACUGGCCUGCAUGGAUCUAUCAGAGCUGUCCGCUCCGGCAGAGCUGGUCACUAAAGGAGCCCGAGUGCUGGUUGCUGAUGAGUACUUGGCUCCUGACGUGCUCAGCACAGUAAAAGAGAUGAAGGCAGUUAACUUCAGACGAGUGCCCAAGAUGCCUGUUUAUGGAGUGGCUCAGCCAACAUCUGAGGCUACUGGAGCUGUUUUGGCCCAUCUGACGGAUGAAAAGAGGAAGCACACCCACGUGCUAUGGGUCAACCUACAGGAAGAGCUGGUGUUAGAAGGAAAUGGCCAGAUUUUUGCUGUGAGGGAGCCCACGUGUCUGGACCAACACAUCUCUAUCCCGUCAUCUGACCCAGAGCUGCUAGAGAAACUGGAAACAUCCCUAAAGGAGGAGAUUCUGAAAGUGCAGAAGUGGCUGGAAGUGAUCCUUGAGCAGGAGAAACAGAUGAAGAUGUUUAAAACCUGCCUGACUGUUCAGGAGAUCUUCAACCAGCACAAAAGCUCUCACCAGGGCCUUGUCUGCAAACGCAUCCCUCUGCCAGACUGCAGCGCACCCAGGGAGGAGGACUUUGAUAAGCUAUUGGAGGGCAUGAAGAGCUCCUUGGCUGAGGAUUCCCACUCAGCCUUUGUUUUUAAUUGCUCCAACGGCAAAGGCAGGACCACAACCGCUAUGGUUGUUGCCGUUCUGACUCUCUGGCACUUUAAUGGUUUUCCUGAGUUUGCUGAAGAUGAGAUUGUGAGUGUUCCUGAUGCUAAGUACACAAAAGGAGAAUUUGAGAUUGUGAUGCAGCUGGUGCGUCUGCUCCCUGAUGGCCACAGGAUGAAGCAGGAGGUGGACAUGGCCCUGGACACUGUCAGCGAGACCAUGACUCCCAUGCACUACCAUCUGAGAGAGAUCAUCAUCUGCACUUACAGACAGAUCAAAAGUGGUAAGACAGAGAAGGAGUGUCAGCAGCUACUCCUGAAAAGCCUGCAGUACCUGGAGCGCUACAUUUACCUCAUCCUCUUCAACACAUACCUGCAUCUAGAGAAGAAGGACUCGUGGCAGCGCUCUUUCACACUUUGGAUGGAACAGGUGGCUGCCAGAGUCGGAGUUUAUGACAUCCUCAACCAGCUGGGCUUCUCUGAGUUUGAAAACCCGAGGGACACGCCACUGGCCAGGCUGCGCUGCCGCUGGCAACAGCAAAACAUUCUGUCACUUCCUUUCCGCGGGGAGUUCAUCUGAGAGGGGAUCACUGUGAAUACGCCAAAACAGUACUGUGCUUUUCAGAAUAAAAGACAUUUACAAUAACAUAGUUAUGCCUUCUGUAUUUACCCUUAUUUUCUGUAUAUCUUCACAACAUCUGUUGUUUAAUGUUACUGCUUUUUUCCUUUUUUCUCACUUGUGAUGUUAACAGUUCUUAGCUGUAUUAAAGUCUUUAAAUCUCUGCAAGAUUCUGCUUCUGUAUUGGAAGUUGUGCCUUUACAUCAGUGAAUUUAUUAAUGUACUAAUUUGUACAUGUUUAGGUUAUUUUUUUCUUUUCUUUUCUUUAAAUCACAGUAAAAAUAUGCUCACUUGCGACAGCUCUUUGAAACUUCUGCCGGAACUAGAGUUAAAUGUUGUUAUGGAGGAGGAGAUCAGAAAAUUCCAACAAUUUAUGUCACUGUGCAUCUGUUCCACUUUUUCAGAAGAUUCCCUAUGUACAUAUGGAAGCUGUCAGUAUUUAAAUAACUGUGCUGUUGAGUUUUCCAAACGUUAUUUGAUAAGAGGAUUUUGAGCGUUGCAAAGUUGCUAAAGUAUGACAGCACUUAUAUGUUCCUCUGUUGUACCUGAUUUUUUUUUUUUUUUUUACAUUUGAUUAUAUCUGUCAUGAUACAGGUACUAACAUUUUUAUGUGUUAUAUUUGACUUUGAAGCGCUCUAUGUGUUUUUUUGUUUUUAAACUUUGUUAAAAGCUGUAAAAUUACUUCUGUCAUGUGAUGUGAUUCUGCAUUCUGCCCAUUCUUCCUUCUUGUAAAAACAUGGUCCACAUACAUAUUACCAAUAAUGCAAAUUCGCCUUCCUACACAGCCUCACGCUGCUCACCUGCAGCUUGAUGCAAUAGAAGUCCGCAAAGCUUUAAAGCACCUUUGACGUGUACAUUUGGAGGCGUUACUUUUAUACCACCUUGGCUUGGGGAGCUUUCACAUCAUCCCAGAUUCAAAUUAUUCAUCUGCAAAGUUUAUGGGUGAAAACAGCAUCUGCAGAUAUUUGGUGUGACUUGGAUUUAAAAAAAAUACACUUAUUGUUUAUUGAUGUGGAUAAAUAUACCAUUCCGUAACUGCAGCUGAUGUUCAUGGCUUCAGUGGAGGGAAACAGCUGCAUGAUUCACUGUUUAGAACAACAGUUUAAAGUUGUCUUUCAAACAUUUACAUCACUGUUUUCUCUGAAUGCAUGACAACACCAGAUCUGUAGAGUAACUUUAACCCAGCAGGAUUUUUUUAAAGUCUUGACAUGUUCUUUGUUUGAGCAUGUUACCGCUAUAUUAUGAAUCCUGCCUUAAAACCAGAAAGAUAAGCAAAAAUCAAAGGAUCAAAAAUGAUCAAUCCUUCCUCCAAAUACCUGUCAUUCUUGUUUGUUUCAUUGUGGCAUUGCAUAAGGAAAGUGCACCCUUCAAGUUAUCAAAAACAUUGCGGUGAAUGAAAAUGGGAAGAAAUUUAAAAUACACAUUUUGUGUUGGAACAUCUAAUAACCAUCUUUGUGAUACUUGAUUAAACACACAAAUGUGCAGGUUGUAUAGUAAGAGAUCCUGAUAUCUUAGCUAGGCUUUUAAUUUAAUUUUUUUCUUUUAAACAGGCACUCUUCAUGGAGUAAAUGUCUUUUAUUUGCUGUAUGUACCAAUUAUUUUCUUGUUUGGAAGCUAAAAUAAAUAUUUCAGAUAGAUCUAACAGA